CCUGCCGAAGCGGAUCAGGGCAAAAGUCAAUAGAGCUACUUGAUACAUUCUGUGCCCAGCUGAUACCAGCAUGGCGCUGGAGCUCUACCUGGACCUGCUCUCCCAGCCCUGUCGAGCCAUCUACAUCUUUGCCAAGAAGAACAACAUUCCCUUUGAGUUCAAGGACGUGGAGGUGUUCAGAGAUUCCAUCCUGGGAAUGAAAGCACCAAGUGAAACAAGCCCAGGAUCAGUACAGCCAGAGCAGUUGCGCAAGAUGAAUGUAGUGAAAAAAGUUCCUGUCUUGAAGGAUGAGGCCUUUUGCUUGUCAGAAGGCAUUGCAAUCCUUCUGUAUCUGAGCCGCAAGUACAACACCCCAGACCACUGGUAUCCAUCUGAUAUACGGAAACGAGCAAAGGUGGAUGAAUAUCUCUCGUGGCACCAGACAAAUAUCCGGUCCAAUGCUCCCAAGACAAUGUGGAUCAAGGUGUUGAUACCUCUCUUCACUGGCCAACCACUUUCCUCUGAUAAGCUGCAAGAGGUCAUGGAGGGGCUGGCAACCUCCCUGAAGCAGCUGGAAGACUUAUUCCUUCAGGACAAACCUUUCCUUGUGGGCAAUGAGAUCUCUCUUGCAGACCUGAUGGCCAUUGUAGAGCUCAUGCAGCCUGUUGGAGUUGGAUGCAACAUCUUUGAGGACAGACCCAAGCUAGCAGCAUGGCGCAAAAGGGUGGAAGAAGCAAUUGGAAAGGAGAUCUUCCUCCAAGCACACAAGCUGAUCCUGAACAUUCAAGAACUGAGCAAGAUACAGAUCAAUCCACAGCUGAAGGAGCAGCUGGGUCCUGUGCUGCUGAAGAUGCUGAAAUGAAUAAAAGUGUUUCACAGGGAA